UUGGUCAUAAUUGUUUCAAUUGUGUUUUUGGUUUAUAUUGUAAUAAACUAUUUUUUUGGUGUUGGUCCUUCUACUCCAAUUCAAAAUUUACCUCAAGUCCCUGGCCUUCCAAUUGUUGGUAAUUUGCAUCAAGUUUUAUACAAUCCAACUGUCACUUACUCAAACUGGGCAAAGAAAUAUGGUGAUGUUUACCAAAUUAAACUAGGUAGCGAAAAUAUUGUUGUUGCCAACUCUUUUGAUUCUGUGAAAAGGUUGUGGCUUGAAACUAGAACUUCUAAUAAUUCAAGACCCGUCUUAUACACCUUUCAUAAAGUUGUUUCUUCUUCAAAGGGUUUCACUAUUGGCACAACACCCUUUGGCGAAUCUUAUAAACGAAAAAAGAAAAUAGUUGCUACCUCAUUGAACAAAAAAAAUGUUGAUGAUCCUGAAACCUGCAAUUUAAUGGAUUGUGAAUCUCUUUAUUUAGUUAGUCGAAUUAUGAGAGAUCUCAGUGAUACAAAAACCCAAAAAAACAAUGAUAUCAAUGUUUUAAAAGCUGUUCAGGGUUUUGCAUUGAGAAUCAGCUUAUACAAAACAUAUGGCUUUUUUAUUAACCUUGAUGAAAAAAGUGAAAAAAACUGGAAUUUAUUUGAUGAAAUUACUUAUGUUGAAAAUAAUAUUGGAAGGUUAAGAUCUCAUACUUCCAAUUUGCAAGAUUAUUUGCCGAUUUUAAGAUAUUUUUCUUUAAAUUUAAAUAACAAAGCAAAUGAUUUUAGAAAGAGAAGAGAUGUUUAUAUGAAUCAAUUCAUGGAAGAUGCCAAAAAAAGAAUUGAAAAUGACCAAGACAACUGCAUUGAUUGUAUCGUCUCCAAUGUCUUAAAAAGCACAGAUUAUUUUAAUAUAUCCAGCGAUGAAUUAAACAGCAUUUGUCUAACAAUGGUAUCCGCUGGCUUAGAUAACACCCCUCUAAACUUCAAUCAUUGCCUAGGUCAUUUAUCUCAACCUUCCUAUGGUUAUGAUAUUCAAUCAAAGGCUGUUGAUAAAAUAAUCGAAUGCUAUGGCGACUUGCAAACUGCUUGGGAUAACGCUCCAUAUGAAUCAUUUAAAGUUGAUUAUAUAACUGCUAUUGUGCGAGAAACAUUGAGAUAUUUUACAGUUCUUCCUUUGUGUUUACCAAGAGCAACUACAAAAUCAAUUUUUUAUAAAGGUGCUUUUAUUCCUCAAGGCACCAUUUUCUUCAUGAAUGCUUAUAGUGCUAACCAUGAUCCUGAACAUUUUGAAAACCCAGAUGAAUUUAUUCCAGAAAGAUGGCUUGAUGAAUCCGGAAAAAUUAUUAUUAAUGGAACUGAUCAUUUUUCAUUUGGUGCUGGAGCAAGAGCUUGUGUGGGUUCACAUUUAGCUACCAAAGAAUUAUAUGUAUUAUUAAUCAGAUUUUUGAUCAUUUUUCAAAUGAGAGCACCAGACGACCCUUCAAUGCUAAUGGAAACAGAUCCAAUAAAACUAAAUGCAGUUCCAAGUUCUAUUGCAAUUGAGCCCAGAGAAUAUUAUGUCAAAUUAAUACCCAGA